UCUACAAUUGGUCAUACAGAGCCGGCUUUGUGAAAAUUUCAGGCGGUGCUGUUGUCUUUCAAAUACAAGUUGCCCAAUAAUAUGCAAAAUGUAUCCCGUGAGCUCCCAAAAGAGGUCCUGGACGUUCGCCAACGAGGGUCAGCUGAUGGACUUCCGCGUGGAGCAGAACAACAAGUACAUAGAGGGCCAUGAGGCAGAGGCGGGUCGCGACAUCGAGGAGCACUUCCUCACGCCGCCGGAGGAGCGCCUGUUGCUGAAGCAGUACGAGAUUUACCUGUUCGACUUCUGCCGCCGCUUCGAUCCGCCGAUGCCCAAGUGCGUGGUUGGCACCGCCUUCCACUACUUCAAACGAUUCUACCUGAACAACACGCCAAUGGACUAUCACCCCAAGGAGAUUCUAGCCACAUGUGUGUUUGUUGCCUGCAAAGUGGAGGAGUUCAAUGUAUCCAUCAAUCAAUUCGUCAACAACAUCAAGGGUGAUCGGAAUAAGGCCACAGACAUAGUGUUAUCCAACGAAUUACUCCUGAUUGGACAACUAAACUAUUACCUCACGAUACACAAUCCAUUCAGACCCAUCGAGGGGUUCUUAAUAGAUAUAAAAACCCGCAGCAAUAUGCAAAAUCCGGAACGAUUACGGCCACAUAUUGAUAGCUUCAUUGACUCCACUUUCUACACGGAUGCCUGUCUCUUACACACGCCCUCGCAGAUUGCUCUGGCUGCCGUCCUUCAUGCUGCCAGCAGAGAACAAGAGAAUCUUGAUAGCUAUGUGACGGAUCUGCUAUUUGUUUCUGCCAGAGAUAAGUUGCCCGGACUCAUCGAUGCCGUGAGAAAAAUCCGUAUAAUGGUAAAGCAAUAUCAGCAACCAGAUCGAGAUAAGGUUAAAGCCAUUGAAAAGAAGCUCGAUAAGUGCCGCAACCAGGCAAAUAAUCCGGAUAGCGAGCUGUAUAAGGAGCGUUUGCGACGGUUGUACACCGAUGAGGAUGAUAUGCCAGCCGAAGAUGCCUCAUUCCAUAUAGCCGAUGUGAGUUCGGAUACGUCUGCUAUGAACAUAAGCCAAUAGUUUUUAAAAAUAUUUAUUUUCAUGAUUUAUUGAUUUAUUUGAUAUAUUUGAUGGAUUUCAUUGAUAUUAAAUCAUGUUAAAGAAGUAACAGUUAACAGUUUAAUAGGAAAAAUGA